CAUUCUCAACAGAGAUAUGACCACCAGUUCGAGAUCACCAUCAAAAUCUGUCAAUUUUGAGGUGGGACCGAAUUACACUGACUUCAAAAUUUUGGGCGAAGGAGCUUACGGGAUUGUCUCUUCAGCAAUUGAUAUUCGAACAGGGGAACGGGUUGCAAUCAAAAAAUCAACCCCUUUUGAGCAUCAGACGUUUUGCCAGAGAACUUACAGAGAAGUCAAGAUAUUACUCCGGUUUAAGCAUGAGAAUAUUAUUGAUAUUCGCGAUGUAAUACUGGUCGGCGAUACGCUUGAGACAAUGAAAGACGUUUACAUUGUUCAGACUUGUAUGGAUACCGAUUUGUAUCGGCUACUGAAAAGUCAAGCUAUAUCAAAUGACCAUAUUUGUUAUUUUCUUUAUCAAAUUUUGCGGGGUAAGGUUCGUACGUGCUCCAGAUUUAUCUGUCUAGGUCUGAAAUAUAUUCACUCCGCCAAUGUGAUUCAUCGUGAUUUAAAACCAUCAAAUCUAUUGAUCAAUGCUAACUGCGACCUUAAGGUAUGUCAGCUUUUACUCUACUUGGGAAAUGUUAUUAUUGAAGCUCACUUAACCCUGUUUUGUCAACUUGCUCGGAAACGUUUUGACCGUUUAAGUCUCAUCUGCGAUUUCGGGCUCGCGCGGUUGAACGAUCCCAUGCACGACCACAACGGCAUGCUGACGGAGUACGUCGCAACCCGGUGGUACCGCGCCCCCGAAAUUAUGCUCAACUCAAAGGGCUACACCCGCGCCAUCGACGUCUGGUCCGUGGGGUGCAUUUUCGCCGAGAUGCUCGACCGACAGCCCCUGUUCCCCGGGAAACACUGUAUCCUUGUUAAACCACUACACCUGCGCACGAUUUUGAGUGAUGGGCUUAUUGGCUGCUACUAUGGCAUGAUUGCCACCUUCACAUUUGGUGUUCACUUCAGCACACACUUUAAAAUGUUGCCAUGGGGGUUUAUUGUGAGGUCGUGGCGCCCAUUGACGAAGCGGCGUCACGAUACCUCUACCGUCUCGAAGCAGGGGAAAAAUCUUGUCUCUGGGGCGAUGGGCCGGCAGUGCUCAGGAACACGAAAGUCGAUGGACACAUGA